AAUUAAAUGUUAAAAAUAAAUCCAAACAGAUCAGACUUAUAAUUUAUUAUAACAAUACAUGUAAACAGACUAAACUCAUCAGUUAAAAAAUUAGAGAUUGUCAAGUUGGAUUUUAAAGUAAUUCAGUUAUGUGCUGUGUCCAAGAGAUAUCAGGAAGUCACAGGACAUAGGAAGAUUGCAGAAGAUAGAACCGGCCAAUGAAAUGCAAAGAAUGUGGGUACAUCUACAGUAAUAAGAGACAAAGUACAUCUUAAGGGAAAUAUAAUCCUGACCAUAUAAUAUUCAAGUAAGGCAAAAGCCCCACAGUAUAUUAUUUAAGAACAUAUGCAUAUGCCAUAAAUGUAUAAAUAAAUGACUGAUAGAGGAUGCAUUUAGGUUACCUGGAGAUGGAGGGAGCAGUGGUGGAGGUUGUGAUUGGGGAAAUAUAUUAAAGUGGUUUCAACUCUCCUGAUAAUUUCUUUUAUUAUUCUAAGCUGCAUGGUGGGUACAUGAGUAUUUCAUAAAGUUCUAUCAUAUCUGUUCCAUGUUGAAAAUAGUUCAUAAUAAGAAAACUCUUCCCCAAAUCUAAUUACAAACAACUGUUGAUGCAACAGGCUGUCCAACACAGGGUACCCUGAGAGUGUAGGUCAGAGAGCCCCUUGGGAGGAAAAGCGACACCGAUGGGCAGGACAAUUGAAUGAGCUUUCCAAGAAUCCUCUUAGGGAAGGCAAGGGCGUUCUUGGGUCAGCCAGUUACUUAAACUCAAUCUCAUCCUCGGGAAAUGUGUGUGGAUAUAACAAGGGAAUUGUGAGUAUUAAAUGAAACAAUGAAUGCACGUAAAGUGCUUGGUACAUAGUAGGUGUUCAGUGAACUGCAUCAAAAUCUUUCUGGAAAUGAAGCAGAAUAGAACUAGCAAGUUAGAGUCAAAGAGAAAUUAGAUACUACUUACUUCCCAGACUUCCCCAGGCAAAGUCAGCACCUGCCCGAGGGAACGCUGCAUCCCGUUCAUCUUUGUAUUCCCAGCGCCCUCAAGCACUGUGUCUGGCGCAUAAUGGACACUCAGGAAUCAUCUGGAGAAUGCUGAAAGGUACGAGGAUUCUUAUGGACAAAUCAUAUAAACACUGCAAAAAAAGGAAUCAAUUUCAUCUCUCUAGUUGUGAACCCGCAAGAUUAUAAACAAGGAUAAUGUUUACUAACACUACUACAGUACACUUAAACAGCUCCUUUUUUUGCGGGGGGAGGAUCCACAUUUUACAACAGUGGUAUUAAACAUGUUCUUUUCACUUCACGAAUAUUUCACGUCUUCUGUUUAUGUCACUCAGAUGAGUAACAUAAGGCAAAACUGAUCUAAAGUUGGACGAUGUAAGCACGUCACCUUCCCCUUUCAUCUUAUCCACAUUUAUCAAGAAAACUCACACAGGCCACUCGUUUUUCUUUCCUGCUUAUUUGCUCCCUAGCAGCGGGCAGGGAGGGGCGGUUGGGAUUAGGGACUUUACAAAAACUCCAGGUUGCCUCAGGGCCAAUCACCGACUUCUUGGGCUUUAUUCCUGGGGUAGGGAGGGCUCUCCCCGACCGCCUCCCACCCCCACCCCCGGAGGGCUAGGAUGAACGGCGCUGACAGAUACCGAGGCCUGCGCGCCGCCGCCUCCCCGCCCAGCGCGCACGGAGCGCGCUUUGCUUCCCUUGCCGGGGCAGGGGCUGCGCGCGGCGUUUGUCGCCUUCGCUGGACGCAGGCAGGUCCGCACCGCGCGGAGGAGAGCGCGCGCGGCCGAUCGUGGCGAGGAGGUGGGCGGCGACCCAUCCCAUUGGGAUUCGUCCAGUCUCUCCGCGCGGGGAGGCCCCCGGCGGGCGCGGAUUUCCGCGGGGCUGAGUCCUGCCUACGUCUCAGUGGCGACGGAGUGGCCCCCUGCCAAUUCCCACAAAGGCACAGAGCACUCUCCCGUUUGACCGAAAACCGCGAGGGGAGAGAGGCGCCGGCCGGUUGGGAGGCGAGGGCAGCCUUCUCCACGAACCGGGCGGUACGUGGCCGCGCGCCCGGCUGUGUCCCCAGAGCGCCGCGGGAAGGGAGAGGCUCAGAGCAACAGGUGCAGCCCGCAGACACUCCCGGGACGUGGGAGACGACCUGCAGGGGCUCGGAGUCGGUAAGGCGCGGAGAGGGCUCUGUCCACCCCCAGGGCUGCACCGGCAGGUCCCUCCUCCCGGGUGCGGGCGGAUCAGCGGGCGGUGGUGCCUGGGCAAGGGGAGCCCUGCGUUCUCCGGACAACCGGCCCGGUCUGGGAAGGUCCAGCUCUGGCUCCGGUCUGUGUCCUCUCUCGGGCAGCCCCGUCCAAAAAGACGGUGCCACUAGGCACGGGCGCCCGGGCGCGUGCCCAUCAGGAUCAGGGAGGCUCAGACUCAGAAACUCGCGCUCUGCGUGCCAGGGGCUGGGUACCCCGGCUCCCCGCGGCGCCUUCCUUCCCCGGCCAGCACCCUUCGCCGGCGCGACCCGGGCGCCCCCCGCGCGCCAUGGAGCUGGCGGCCGGGAACCUCAGUGAGGGGAACGCGAGCGGGCCCGAGCCCCCCGCCCCGGACCCCAGGACUCUUUUCGGCAUCGGCGUGGAGAACUUCAUCACGCUGGUGGUGUUCGGCCUGAUCUUCGCGCUCGGCGUGCUGGGCAACAGCCUGGUGAUCACGGUGCUGGCGCGCAGCAAGCCGGGGAAGCCGCGCAGCACCACAAACCUGUUCAUCCUCAACCUGAGCAUCGCCGACCUGGCCUACCUGCUCUUCUGCAUCCCCUUCCAGGCCACGGUGUACGCCCUGCCCACCUGGGUGCUGGGCGCCUUCAUCUGCAAGUUCGUCCACUACUUCUUCACCGUGUCCAUGCUGGUCAGCAUCUUCACCCUGGCCGCGAUGUCGGUGGACCGCUACGUGGCCAUCGUGCACUCGCGGCGCUCCUCCGCCCUGCGGGUGUCCCGCAACGCGCUGCUGGGCGUGGGCGUCAUCUGGGCGCUGUCCAUCGCCAUGGCCUCGCCGGUGGCCUACCACCAGCGCCUCUUCCACCGGGGUGUCAGCAACCAGACCUUCUGCUGGGAGCAGUGGUCCAGCCAGCGCCACAAGAAGGCCUACGUGGUGUGCACCUUCGUCUUCGGCUACCUGCUGCCACUUCUGUUCAUCUGCUUCUGCUACGCCAAGGUGGGCCCCGAGGCGGCUCCUGCGUCCCUGCACCCCUUUCCGGGACCCGCAGCGGCCCCGCCCCUUUGCCCUCAUUCCCCAGAAUUUUCUGCGGGGACCGCGCGGUGACCCUUUCCUGCUCCCUCGGCCUCGGCUUGGGCUCGCGGGUCUGACGUUGCGCGGAAGUUACUCGGAGUUUGGGCAACGCCAGGGAAAGUUUGCAGCAGGUCACUUCCCGGCCGCCCGUCCUCUCGCCCCGGCCCGGGGCCCUGAGGUUGUCCCGGCGGAAGGCGGCGUCAACGCCCACUUCUCAGUAGGGGAAACCGCGCCGCCCCUUCAGCCCGCGCGAGGGCUGCCCCACGUGGCCGCAGGGUCACGGCGAGCGCUCCAUCCUCCUGAGCGCACGCCUUUGCCAGGUGGAGGCUCCGCGCCCCUCCACAGCCCUCAGCAGGGCCUCAUGGGGAGAUUUCCCUGCCCGCGGGGUGCACAGGGUCGGGGGGGGGGUGCCGGCGGGGACCGGCUCUGUGAAGCCGCUGCUUCUGGCGACAGAGCUUUGACUUUCGUCUUAUACACAAGUUGGGCGUUACAAAUCCAAGUGGUUAGACAGUAUUUCUUCACGGAGUCUUGAGGGAGUCUCCAGAGAACUUGGGGUGGAUGGGCUUCCAGCUGCUGCUUCCCCGUUUCAGUCCUUUUAGGAAGGGGUAAGGAAUAUGAAGUGCCUCAGGGGGCAGGUCUAAAGCCCUAUCGCUGAGAGACACACUGUUGACACACCUCUGGUCCCCUACUCCUGCACCUCCUUAUUGGGAAAAUGGCUGUUAACCUUCCUGGUGCCAGCCUCGCCCUCGUAGCUCAGCACAAUCACCUUCUCUUUGAUUAAUAAUACAUGAGUCUGAAGAUUUCAUACUGAUCUGAAAGUCUUGUUUAUACUGGAGUAAAAGUAUAUGCUGGAUAGUUAAGAGACGUGAUUCACAGGGUGAGCUCCGCUCUCCCCGACACACCCUCCCCAGACCCAUCACCAUGAGAAAAAUACUGCUGUAACCACAUUCUGAAAUUUCCACCAUUUUCUCUUCAUCUCCCUCUCCGUAUCUCUCAUUCUAUUUCUCAUAAGGCGGGGACUCUAGGACUCUGAAUAAUCAGAUGAGGUAGAACGGCAGUCAUUUCUUAUAUUCAAUUCAUAGAGCUUUUUGGGUUUUUUUUCCCCCCCAGCAGAAAUCUUGACUAAAAGCCACCUGGUUUGGUUUGUCCCCUCCCCCCACAUCAUCUGUGUUGAGUUAUGUCUGUUUUGAAUGGUAAUAUUUCUGGAUGUGAUCUGAAAGAAUGUUCUGCAUCAAAGGGUUAUAUAUAAAGAGAUGUGGUAAUUGGGGAAAUUGGGAGGUCACUGCAGCUUAGCUCUUCAGUAAAUGGCUGUUUUAUUCAUUUCAUCUUCUGCAAACGCAAAUCAAAGCUUCGUUUGCACAGCCCAGUGGUCUCCAGUGUGCGCUAUCUCACUUAAUCUGCAGGCCACCCAGUGGGUUGGAGCUAUUGUGCAUAUUUUAUUGAUAAGGAAAGAGGGUUCUGGAGGAGUGAAGCAGCUGACCCAGACUAUGAAGCUGGUAAAGGCUUCAGGGAGGAUUUCAGUGCAGGGAUUCCCAGUCCCCCAAGAGAGGGGCAAUUGCUGAGGGCCUGUAGGGCAUGGACCUUGGGACUAGAGUGACUCUUACAAUAUUUGCUUCUUCAAUCAUCAUGACAUGGAUUAGACUUGAAGCACAUUCUUCCUUCAUUUCCCGAAAGUCUUUGGGGAACAUAAUUCAGGUCUCCUUAAUGGAAACAACAAGGUAAAUGUCUAGGAAUAAAUUAGGUUACAUUUCUGUCAUUUGAGAAUUUAUACAAGUCACACAUAGGGCAAAAUUUAAAAUUUUUCAAAAAUUCAAAAAAUAUAUGAUCAUUGGGAUAGUUUUUAUAUGGAAAUAGUUUGCUUUUAAGCAUAUCUGGAACUUUCUUUGGAAUUCAAGGUAAUAUUUGCAUAUUUAUUCCAAACAUACUUGGGUGUUUUCUCCACUGACCACUCAGCAGCAUUCCUUAGGCGUUUUGCAGUUACCCAGACGUGAUCCCCCCGUUUGUGGAAGGAAUGAGUAACCCCUGGGGUAGUGUUAUGAAGCAGGUAACAUUUGACUUUUCCAUAUGGAGUCCUCUCCAGGUGGCCGUCUCUGAUUUUGUUUUGCUGUGUCUCCUCUUGUCCCUUGCUUUCGGUCUUCUGGGAAGGCUGUCCCCAAAGAACCUCGCCAGGCCGGUCCUCGCCAGGCAGGGUCCUGUCCAGCCCUUUCCUUCCCCUGGAAAGUUCUCCUCAUUUGUUCCUGCCAAAGCCUCUUUUCUAUCUUCGCCUUAGAUUUGAUUUCUUAUACCCCAGUCUCUGUUGGCAGGACAGUAAACUAACCCAUUGUCAAUGUGCAGAGAGUGAUCCCAAAUGUCCCUGUAGCACGUGAAAGGCUUGUCUUGCAGAGGAUGCUAAGCCUCUGUAGGAAGUGAGAAGUAUCUCAGUAGAGCUGGGAAUUUGGAGUCGGAAGUUCACGCCCCCCGUGAUCGCUGCUUGACCUGCAUAGGAAUCGUGAGGGUGUGAAUAAGUCCCCUGGCUUCCCAAUCAGGGAAGGGCCGUCCAGAAGGGCUGCAUCCCGCCGAACGGAGCAGGCUUUCACAGUAAGUCCAGUUCCAUUAAAUUAUUUCCGUGCUGCGGCGCUUCAGGGGGACAGAGAGGUGGCUGGAACACUGCUUCCAGUUUUUGGAGAGACUCGUCGAGUAACCAGUGGACAGUCUAAAGCCCUUAGUCACCCAGAGCUAAUUUUCCUUAGAUUUUUCACUCAGAUGGGACAUAAGAAAGAACUCAACACCAGUGUGGCAUAUGUACAGCCGUCUCGGCCCUGUUGUAUAGCUUAUGUUGUAAAUUCUUACAUAGAACCAAAGUGACUCACAUCAUUUCUCCUGAGUAUUACAUUGGCGAGAGAAGACAAAGCUAGUUUCUCUAAGGAAGGAAACCAGUGUCUCCCUGGAAGCCUUCCUGAUGGGACAUUAAUUGUAGAACCUUGCUGAAUGGUCUUCCAGUCAUCAGUGAUGCUGGAGGGCAGUCUGUAGUUUUUCCGUGUAUCUAGGAUUUAACAUACGACAGGGACCUGGGGAUUGUUAAAAUGUAGACUCUUGGGGGAAGCCAAGGUGGAAGGGAGACCAACAAGGAUGCACAUAUGGGUAGCAGUGUGGCUCUUUCUGGACGAAACCUCAGAGCUCCCUGCACCAGAACUCUGCCAGCAGGUGCUCCGGCCACAGAUGGCACCUGGGCACCCCUCAGGGUUAGAGGAACAGGUGUCCUUGGCAGUUCUUAGUCAUCAUUACUCCACCACCUCCUGUGAAUUUCAGUUUGAAUGACGUUGCAAAUGACGGUGGUCCCAUUUCAGAACGUCAAGAAGUGUUGCAAAAUGGACAGUGAUGUGUGGGGUCUGAGACAAACCGAUUUGAUUAGUCUGUGUUUUUCAGGUCCUUCAUCAUUUGCAUAAAAAGUUGAAGAACGUGUCAAAGAAGUCAGAGGCAUCGAAGAAAAAGACUGCGCAGACGGUGCUGGUGGUGGUCGUGGUUUUCGGGGUCUCCUGGCUGCCUCACCACGUCAUCCACCUCUGGGCUGAGUUUGGGGUCUUCCCACUGACGCCCACCUCCUUCUUCUUCCGGAUCACCGCCCACUGCCUGGCGUACAGUAAUUCCUCCGUGAAUCCCAUCAUUUACGCGUUUCUCUCUGAAAAUUUCAGGAAGGCUUAUAAGCAGGUGUUCAAGUGCCACGUUCGCAAUAAGUCACCUCUUAAUGACACUAAAGAAAAUAGAAGUCGAAUAGACACCCCGCCAUCAACCAAUUGCACUCACGUGUGAAAAAAGAUCAGCGUGUUCUUCGUGCGGCGUUUCCAUACUUGUGGAGUAGACACGUAAAAAAUACAAUGAGGUGUUAAACAAGGCAGCAGCUUGUUAUCUUAACAACAAUUCAUAUUAUAUUAAUUAAAUUCCACUUAUGUUUAAAAAGUACUUUGAUCUACCUGGAAGAUCCCUAGGUCUAGUGAAGAUUAUUUCUAAAUUUUAUUUUAUUUCUAAAUUUGAUUCCAUAAGCGAAAGAGAAUAAAAUAGUUUUAUACCUCUUAAGAAAUGAAAGUUUAAUAGAAUUCCCUACAUUUGUUCAGUUCUUCAUAGGAUAAGGAAUAAGGACCUAGAAAGAUGGCCAGGAAUAUUUGUGAUCUACAUUUUGAAGCAAAUUUAUUUAGAAAACGUGUUUGUGCUUUAGUUCUUCAAUUUUAAGAUAAGGGGUAAUAUUAAAACUGUGUGUUUUAAAAUACGAUCAUGGACACAUGAAAGUGUUCCCUGAGUUUUAUUUUUGCGACCGUUUAUAUAGAGACACUGCUAUUUGAUGGAAAUAAGUUUAGUGCACAUGUCACAUUUGCUCCCAGUUGUAAGUAGUGUACAGGGCUUCUGAGUUGUGCUGCGUCUGUCUGCAAUCAUGAGGUCCAUUAAGUUUAUCUCAGGAGGUCAGGAGGUGUUGCGGCCAUGACCCUGGGUGUCAGCCAUCGGGAUGUCAAUUAAAAGCUAUCCUGUGAACUUAGUCUUUAUUGAGUUGACUAAAAAAAUCAGGGAAGUCACCACCUGCAACUCUUCUAAUAGUGGAAGCUGUGAAUGAGAUU